AUGUUCUAUCUAUCUAUCUAUCUAUCUAUCUAUCUAUCUAUCUAUUACACUAUCACAGUCGGUUCAUUAUCUAUCUAUCUAUCUAUCUAUCUAUCUAUCUAUCUAUCUAUCUAUCUCAUUCAGUUCAUUAUCUAUCUAUCGCAUUCUAUCUAUCUAUCUAUCUAUCUAUCUAUCUAUCUAUCUAUCUUAUUCUAUCCAUUAUCUAUCUAUCUAUCUAUCUAUCUAUCUAUCUAUAAUAUUCGGUUCAUUAUCUAUCUAUUUACCUAUCAUACUCGCUUCAUUAUCUAUCUAUCUAUCGAUCGAUCUAUCUAUCUAUCUAUCUAUUACAGUCGGUCCAUUAACUAUCUAUAUAUCUAUCUAGCUAUCACAGUCGGUUCAUUAUCUAUCUAUCUAUCUAUCUAUCUAUUUUAUUCGCUUCAUUAUCUAUCUAUGAUAUUCGCUUCAUUAUCUAUCUAUGAUAUUCGCUUCAUUAUCUAUCUAUUUACCUAUCAUGUUCGCUUCAUUAUCUAUCUAUCUAUCUAUAUAUCUAUCUCAUUUACGAGAGAGCUCUCUAUGAGCAUAUCAGUCAAAGGCACACAACUAUCUAUCUAUCUAUCUAUCUAUCACAGUCGGUUCAUUAUCUAUCUAUCUAUCUAUCUAUCUAUCUAUCUGAUUUGCUUCAUUAUAUAUAUAUUUUUUUCUCCAUCAAGACAUUCAUUAACUAUCUAUCUAGCUAGGAAUCCACUAUCACAGUCGGUUCAUUAUCUAUCUAUCUAUCUAUCUAUCUAUCUAUCUAUCUCUAUAACUUGA